AUGACGGACGCUGGCGCGGUGACACCCACAGGUGAUGUUGCCGCGUCAUUGUACCACUGUGCUCGCGAAAUGCGGACGUAUUACGUGCUCGAAUUUGGUUGGUACUCAAUGUGUUUGAUUUUGCUCUUCUUCAGGAAGCGCAGGUCUGACUUCCUGGAGAUGCUCGCGCACCAUGCCAUCACCUCAGUGCUGAUACUCACGUCCUACUCUAGCGGCUACCUCCGCAUCGGCGUCGUGGUGAUGAAUUUGCACAACUUGUUCGAUCCGUUCCUCAACGUGGCGAAGUGCUGCCACUACGCCUUCAAAGGCCGACUGCACGCCCUCGCCGACGUCAGUUUCGGACUCGGCGCGGUGGUGUUCCUGGCCUCCCGGCUGGUCCUGUACCCGGUGGUGAUCUAUCACGCCUGGUCCUUUGCCGCCGCGCAUCCAGGGACCGAGCCCGUACGGGGUGCCACGUUCGACCUGUGGGCCUGCAGGGUGUUGCUGUGCAUGCUCUACCCCAUUCACCUGUUCUGGUUCUGCCUCAUCCUCAAGGUUGCGAAGAAGGCUCUCGUCGGUGGCACCGUCCAGAACGACGAGCGCUCCGACGGCGAGAGCGAAGACGAAGAGCCUGGCGCCGGCGCGGGCAAGCACGGCGGAGAGGGCGGCUGCUCGGACAAGAAGAAGAAGUAG